GUCCCACAAUGCAAUGUCAUUUACACAUCAGCUAAAGCGAACAACAAAAAAACAUCUAAAUUCUCACUGUAAAUAAUUUUUAUGUAUAUCGUGUAGAUUUAUCUGAACUCCGUGUUGAUCCUGGUUUCUGUGCGCGCGUUUGUUGUAGUCUGUGGCAGUGGGAACCAGGUUUGGGAUGGAUCCCGAAUAUGAACAUCGGCUUCUCCGCCAAAUCAACAUCCAGAGUGACAAUUUAAGCCCUGUGAGGCUGUCACAGAGCCUGCACAGUCGGACACCCACUAGCUCCCCGCUGUCCUCACCCAGUAAGCAGGGAGACAGAUUCAUUCCGGCGAGAGCAGGAGCCAACUGGAAUAUCAACUUUCACAGGAUCAAUGAAAAUGACAAGUCACCAAGUCAGAACAGAAAAACAAAAGAGGUCUCUUCAGAUAAUGUCAAAGCAGAUGGGCUUGCUUACUCUGCUUUACUGAAGAAUGAGCUGCUGGGAGCAGGAAUAGAAAAGAUCCAGGACCCUCAGACAGAGGAUAGACGUCUACAGCCCUCAACACCUGAGAAGAGGAGCCUAUUCACUUAUUCCCUCAAUAGUAAAAGAUCACCACCUGAUGACAGCACUAACAUCUCUCCAUACUCGCUAUCACCUGUGAGCAAUAAAAGUCAGAAAUUACUGCGUUCACCAAGGAAGCCAACACGCAAGAUCUCCAAGAUCCCCUUUAAGGUUCUGGAUGCCCCUGAGCUGCAGGAUGACUUUUACCUCAACCUGGUGGACUGGUCAUCAAUCAACGUGUUGAGCGUCGGGCUCGGCACAUGUGUUUACCUGUGGAGUGCCUGCACCAGCCAGGUGACAAGGUUGUGUGAUUUAUCAGUGGAGGGAGACUCUGUCACAUCCGUUGGAUGGUCUGAAAGGGGAAAUUUUGUGGCUGUGGGGACUCAUAAGGGCUAUGUUCAAAUCUGGGAUGCUGGUGCUGGCAAAAAGCUUUUUGUUCUGGAAGGACACACAGCCAGAGUUGGAGCAUUGGCGUGGAAUGCAGACCAGUUGUCCUCAGGAAGCCGUGAUCGUAUGAUUCUUCAAAGAGACAUCCGGACGCCUGCGCAGCAGUCAGAGAGACGGCUGCAGGGACACAGACAAGAAGUGUGUGGCUUGAAGUGGAGCACUGAUCAUCAGCUGCUUGCGUCUGGCGGCAACGACAACAAGCUGCUAGUGUGGAACCACUCAACCCUGAGUCCAGCACAGACAUACACGGAUCACCUGGCGGCGGUAAAAGCCAUCGCCUGGUCCCCUCAUCAGCAUGGCCUCCUUGCCUCUGGUGGCGGCACUGCCGAUCGCUGCAUUAGAUUUUGGAAUACACUGACAUCGCAGCCACUGCAGUGUAUGGAUACCGGCUCUCAAGUCUGCAACUUGGCCUGGUCCAAACAUGCUAAUGAGCUGGUGAGCACCCAUGGAUACUCUCAAAACCAGAUCUUGGUGUGGAAAUAUCCAGCUCUCACUCAGGUGGCCAAGCUCACAGGACACUCCUACAGAGUACUCUACCUGGCCAUGUCUCCAGAUGGUGAGGCAAUAGUCACAGGAGCUGGAGACGAGACCCUGCGAUUCUGGAAUGUAUUCAGUAAAACACGGUCAACAAAGGAAUCUGUAUCAGUUUUAAAUCUCUUCACCAGGAUACGGUAACUGUAGACAAGUAAAAAGACUUUUAACAUGAGUUGAACCUUGGGUCAUCGAUGGAUAACUCAUUGACAAGGUGCUAAAGACCUGCAGUACUUAAAGAGCCUAAAACUGGACAAUUCUUCCAUACUUGUUGGCCUUGAUUAUGAAUGUACACUUCUGUUAAAAAAAAACAUAGUGACUUCUCUUGUUUUGCAUCCCAACUUGAAAUCAUAAAUUUGCUUCAAAAUAUUGUGAAAACAUUUCAUUGCAGAUGUUUCCAAUAUGUAAACAGCACAUUGGUCUGUUUAUUAUCAUUAUUUGUUUAGUUUUUGUUUAGAUCAGAACUAAUUUAUUUAAUGCACUUGUUACACUAUUAAUGUUGAUCUCUUUACAGUGAAAAAUCUUUGGAAGGUCAUGUCAUGUUAUGACUAAAAUAGGAAGUACUACAUUUAAUGACUGUGGCAACUGAGACACUUUGAGGCCUCUUUUUUAUAAGUGGUUGGCUGAAAAUAAAAAGGGUUUGCAUUUUUGUUUAAAGGCUCUAAUGCUGAGCAUUUAGACAUGUAUUACAUUGGUGGUUCUUUGCAGUAUCAAAAGAAAUAAAAGAAGGGAGAAAAAAAGAUCCAAUACCAAACUUAUCACGCAUUGAUUUUUUUAAAUGACAUGUUUUGUACCAUUUCCAGUUGAUCAAUUAACAUAAUACUUUUUCAGUUUUAAACCUAAAGGUAUUAUAUAAAUAAUGAUGAUAAAGGUGAAUCAGUUUAUAGUAUAUACACAUAAUUGCCAGGGCAUUAGGAGUAAGCACAUAAUCAUAUACUUGCAUAUACGUUCUCAUUGUGUUCACAGCAAUUACAUAAAUUAAACUUCAGAUAAUGAAGGAGAUUACAAAUUAAAUUAUUCAAAAUAACAAGGCUUAACCAAAAUAUUUGGACAUAGUUACUAAUAAUGAAUUUGAUAGGUAUGUU